UUUACGAUCUUGGUUCUCCAAGUCAUCUGUUUGGCUAAAGCGACUGAGUACCAGUUAACAUUGGACGACGAUGGCUUUCUAGCACCUUGCGAGAAUCAGCCUGACAACCCUUUUAGUUUGGAAGCGAUAUUGGAAAGUUCUUCUCUUACAAUACACAGCCUUGGUUCUAAAGUUCGAAUUUAAGGAGAGCACAAGGUGGUCUUUAAAGAUGUCCAUCCAGGAGACACAUUGAAAAUGUUUGGUCAAGUCUAUCGGCUGGAAAAGGGCACUUGGCAGAAGACUAUGCUUACCGCCAGCUCCAAUAACUUUUGCAAAAACAUGUUUGAUAAGAACCAAUACUUGUAUAAUUUCUGGACAAAGUAUAUUAAUAACUCCGACGAGAUCAAGGAAAAGUGCAACUUAAAGCGCCCAGUGUUCAUUUGCGUGGAGUUCCGUGGCACUGCAGAGCACCUCUAA